AUGAACCAAGCAUCCCUUAGCAGGAAGCGCGCUCCAAUGCGAGCAAUGAUUACAAAGACUAUUAAGGAAAUUGAAUUGGCGCUAGAUACCAGAGAUCAGACGACGUUUGAGACAAAGAUUCAUUGGUUGAAAAUGAAAGGUGAAGAAUUAGCGAAAAUGGAUGAAGAAAUGAUGAAUAUUCUUGCCGAGUCGAAUGAUUCGGAAGAAGUCCUAAUAUCAGAAGCCGAAGGCGCGCAGCACUACCAAGAAGAAAUAUACCGCUGCACUUUAUUGAAUACGAGUUGUGAAAUUACAUCCGCUGGUGUUACUGUAUCGAAUAGACCGGAAGUAGGUAGAAUUAAGUUACCUAAGCUAGAUUUACGAGUUUUUAAUGGAGAAUUAGAGGAGUGGCUCGGCUGGUGGGCUCACUUUGAAAAGAUCGACAAAGCUUCUUUGGACGACGCAGAGAAAUUUCAAUAUCUGGUGCAGGCUCUGGCAGGACCUGCGAAAGAAUUAGUUUUAGGAUUCCCGCCAACGUCUGAAAAUUAUCCUAAGGCUUUGAAUUCCCUAAAAGAACGUUACGGAAACCAAGAUUUAUUAGGCGAAUUGUAUACGAGAGAUUUAUUGCAGCUUUGCAUACGACAGUCGAAAUCUAGACAGGAUAUUCUUCAAAUUCAUGAUAAGGUUGAGACAGCAUUACGUUCUCUAGAAAGUUUGCAAAUUAAUAUGAAAGAUUGUGCUCCUAUAAUUACCCCAUUAGUUGAAUCUACUCUUCCUGAGGAAACGCUCAAAGCAUUUCGACGCGCAUUACCUGUUGAGAAGCAAUCAUCUAAAGAUCGACUAACAUUUUUACUGCAAUUCCUGAAAAAAGAAAUUGAUACAGAGCAGAGGGUAAAAUUAGCUUCUAGAUGUUUUGACCCUUUUCCGACACGAACGCGUACAGCUCAAGUACUACAUACUAAAGAAAGAACCUUUGAAAAUAUUUGUAUUUUUUGUGAAAUACCCGGACAUAAAGGAAAAAACUGCAGGAAGGCGCUUAGGAUGAAAAUAGACGAUAAGAAGGCUAUUUUAUUGAAGAAGGGAGCAUGCUUUAUAUGUACCGAAAAAGGACAUACCCUCAAAGAUUGUAAAAUGAAUGAAAACUGCCCUGUUUGUCAGAAGAGACAUGUUUUACCUAUGUGUCCUGUAAACCGUUUCUAUUCGACUGGAAGAGGAGUUCCACAAGAAGAAAAUAAGAGUGAAGUACAACCGAAUCCUGAAAAAUUCGAAAAUAAGGAAACAUCUUCAAACUCGGUAGUUAUGUCAGUUGCUACGAUUUUGCCAACAAUUUUAGUUCCAAUUAGAGGAAGAUGGGGACAAGUCCGCAAAGUACAAGCCCUUGUAGAUUCGGGAUCUCAGAGAUCAUAUAUAAUUAGUAGAGUCGCGACAAAAUUGCAAUUGCCUAUUAUUGGAACUGAAAAAGUAGCAUUUGCCCUCUUCAGUGGAGUAACAUCAAAAGAACAAGGACUGAAUUGCUAUAGAAUUACAGCUCAAUCAAGAGACACUAUUUUAGAAAUGGAAGUAUUAGGAACAGAUCGAAUAACCAACUAUACCACGCAGGUUAAUGUUAAAAUUGAAGGAAAAGAAACAGAAAUUAGAGCUAGUAGCGGUCCAAUAGAAAUGUUGAUAGGAGCUGAUUAUUUCGGUUCUCUACUGACCGGAAACCGACGAGUUUUAGAUAAAAAUCUCACGGCAUUUGAAACUUUAUUUGGUUGGACUGUGUUAGGAACACCCUCUGCACUUAGAACCCUCUCAACGUGUGUUGCGAUAAAUCACGUAGAAGAAAUACACGACCUUGAAACUAAAUUCUGGGAAUUGGAACUUCUUGGUAUUAAAGAUGAUGCAAUACAAUGUGAUAAAAAAGAAGAGAUCAUGAGAAAUUUUUAUGAGAAUUUGAAGUACGAAAAUAAACGCUAUACUGUUUCGUUACCUUGGAAAAAUGAAGUUCGUCCUCCGCCCAAUCGAGCUCUAGCUGAAAGGAGAUUAAGAAGUGUAUCCAGUAGGAUGACUCCUGAAUUAUAUACCGAAUACGAUGCAGUUUUGAAAGAUUGGAUACUGACUGGUAUUUUAGAGGAAGCUGAAGAUAACGAUAAAGGACACUAUCUUCCGCACCGAGCUGUCGUACGUGAACAAAGUAACACAACCCGAGUGAGACCUGUUUUCGAUGCAUCCGCGAAAAGCGGGUUUUUGCCUUCGUUGAAUGAUACCCUCUCUGAAUGCAUAAAUUUUAUUGAAUUAUUGCCAAUAAUUCUCUUAAGAUUUAGAGAAAAUUUAAUCGGUUGUUGUGCCGAUAUUGAAAAGGCUUUUCUUAGAAUUAACGUGGAGGAAAAGGAUCGCGAUUUUUUGAAAAUACUUUGGUGGAACGAGGAAGGAGAGAUCAUUUCAUUAAGACAUACCAGAGUUGUAUUCGGCCUAAAACCGAGUCCAUUUUUGUUAUGUGCAGUAAUCAAGACUUAUUUGAAUAAAUUGAAAGACAGCAAUUUCAAAUUUCCUUGGGUAAUUGAAAAGAUGAGUAAUUCGUUUUACAUGGACGAUCUAGUCUGCAGUGUGAAUUCUAAGGAAGAGUUAGAUGAAUUUUUAAUUCAAGCUAAAAAUGUUAUGGAGUCUGCUUCGAUGAUUUUGAGAAAAUGGAAAUUUAGCGGUUGCGAUACACAUGACGUGACAGUUUUAGGAAUCCUCUGGUCUACGGACACCGACGAAUUAGGAUUAAACAUUGAUUGGUGGGAAGAAGAAAAGUUGCAGAAGCGGGACACCAAGCGUCGUAUUUUAAGUUUGAUUCACAAGCUAUUUGAUCCUAUUGGCAUAGUAUCGCCUGUGUCAAUAGUUCCUAGAAUUUUUAUGCAGAAGAUUUGGAAGAAUAAAAUAGAUUGGGAUACCCCAAUCAAUGAAGAAGAUCGAAAAGAAGUUGCAGAUUGGUGUAAAGAUAUUCAUUUGUUGAAGAAGGUUAAAAUUCCACGAUUACUAGGUAAUGUAGAAACGAUUAAAGGUGUUCAUGUCUUUUGUGAUGCCAGUAAGGCUGCUUAUGCCUGCGUUAUACUUGUAGUAAUCGAAGAUGAUGAUAGGAAAAUUGAUGUUCGUUUUGUUACCAGCAAAGCUAGGGUAGCUCCGAAAAAUGUAACAAUUCCAAGAUUGGAACUGAUGGCCGUUUUAAUCGGUGUAAGAUUGUUAAAAUCAGUCUUAGAUUCAAUGUCUUGGAAGGACAAACCUGUAUUCCUGUGGUCCGAUUCAACUACAGUCAUACAAUGGAUAAAGCGAAAUGAAGCGUGGUCAAUUUUUGUAAAGAACCGAGUCACAGAAAUUCGCAGAAAUUUGGCACCCCAUGUAACUAUAAGGCACGUACCUGGGGCUAAUAACCCGGCAGAUUUACCAUCGCGUGGAUGUAGUAUUAAGAAAUUUAUAGAAUGUAAAUGGUGGGAGGGACCAUCAUGGAUACGAAAUUUAGAAGAAUGGCCGUAUGAAACAGAAGCUUUAGAUGAAAUAGAAAUUGGUCUUGAAAUGAGAAAGAUUGAAAAUGUACAUGUUUGCACUGAAAAAUUGAAUUGGAAAGACCAUUUCUUAAUACGCUACUCUUCGUUUCAAAAAGCAGUUCGAGUUCUAGCUUGGAUACGUAGAUUUUUUAGAAAAUUUCGAAUAGGUGAGCAUCUCGAGCCAGAUCUCACUGUAGAAGAAAUAGGAAUGGCAGAGGAACACAUAUUUAAGCUUAUACAAACGGAUUUAAGAACCGAUGGAAAUAACUUAGAAACAUUUAGAGAUUCCAAAGGAUUGGUAAGAUUGCGAACCCGUAUUGUUAAUCGAGAUGAUAAUGAAUUAUUCCUGUGCCCGAUUGUAUUGCCUGGAAGCAACGAAUUAGUCUAUCGAUACAUUCGUGAGCAUCAUGAAAGAAUGGGACAUCAAGGAGUGCAAUUGCUCUUGAAUAAUAUAAGAGAAAGGAUUUGGGUGAUAAGUGGACGACGUAUCGUUCGGAAGGUAGUAAAUUCGUGCGUCAUUUGCCGAAGGUUUAGUACUAAGAAUUUAGAACGACCCACACCCCCAUUACCUGUGAACAGGAUUAAAGAUGCGGCCUGUUUCGAAGUUAGCGGUGUCGACUUCUGUGGACCGUUUUUACUGAAAACUGGAGAAAAGGCCUGGGUAUGUUUAUUUACCUGUGCUGUAUACAGAGCUGUUCAUCUCGAAUUAUGCCUAUCAUUAUCCACGGAUUGUUUUCUACAAGCAUUAAGAUGUUUUGUUGCACGAAGAGGGAGACCUAAGAAAAUUUAUAGCGAUAGAGGAACGAAUUUUGUUGGCGCAGCUAAUCUACUUGAAUUAAUUAACUGGGAAAAGGUAAACAAAUUUGCUACAAGUGAACGAAUUGAUUGGAAAUUCAAUGUGCCCAGUGCCCCUUGGUGGGGAGGUUGGUGGGAGCGUUUAGUAGGACUUCUUAAAAAUAUUAUGAGGCGUGUAUUAGGACAAGCCACCUUACAUUACCAAGAACUUUACACAAUCUUGUGUGAAUGUGAAAGCAUUAUGAAUAAUCGUCCUUUAACUUACUUAGAUGAAGGUGGUGAAGUAGCCCCGUUGACCCCAGCUAUGUUUUUAAGAGAUCUUAUAGAAGAUGGUAUGCCUGAAGUUCGAAGUGAAAGAGAUGAUUUAACCAGACGAGCAUUAUACCUUGCAAUGCUCCGGAGAGACCUGAGAAAACGUUUUCGAAAUGAAUAUUUAGGUUUUCUUCGAGCUCCUCGUCAUAAGAGUGACUCCCGCUCCUUGAUGAUUGGCGAUAUAGUUCUAAUUGGAGACGACAAUACCAGACCUUUGGAUUUUCCCCUUGCGGUGGUAGAAGAAAUGGUUCCUGGUAUAGAUGGAGUUGAACGAAUGGUUCGGCUACGCACAGAGAAGGGAAAGAUAUGUCGUCCGAUUCAGCGGCUCUACCCACUAGAGAUUCGUAGUUCUAUUGGUGAACUGAAGGAAAAUGCUGAAGCGGAAACUACUGUUCCACCUAUUGACAUGGUGGACUUGAAGGAUGACAGUCAAGAAGAUUAUGCAUCGGAAAAUACAGAUGUUAUUGAUCGAAGAGGACGGGUUAUACGUAGACCAAGUCGUUACCUUUGA